AUGGAGUAUUUUACGAGUACAAACGCGAAGGCGGCUGCCUUUCAGGUUGGCACCGUUCGCUAUUCGUUGCCUGUGGAGGUGAUGGGCAGAGCAGAUGUGCAGGCCAGCGGCUUAGCCCUCGUUGUUAGGAGAGAAGGGUUUAAGGAUAUACCCCCGAGGGUCCCAAAGACAGAAGACGGAGCCCUGCAACUCAACAGACCCCAACUAGGAUUUGAACUCAUGGUUGAGCACCUACUUGGUAUGAAUCCUCUGAAGGGUUGCCCCUUGAAGGAGUUUGCGGAUAAGUACAUCGCGUUGAAGACAGAACUUCUUUAUUGGCAGCUCCCAACAGCAGAUGUUGCGUUCGAUGAUCAUCUAUAUUACUCCUCAGCAUGGACAGAUGGGGAUUGUUUCUUCCCUCUCCGUCGCGAGGACUUGUCAGCGUUUAGUCGGUCUGAGGCAGAGGCACAGCGGCCCUUCAAUAUGUUACAGCUGCAGGAGGCAUCGAUUCCAGCUGAGAUAAAACCUUUUAUAGAAGAUAUAAAGGGAGAAUGGCAGUGCUGGGCUACGCCUGAGCAGACCCAGAACGAUGCAGAAGGAACAACAACAGCAGCUGCAGCAGGGAAUCAAAACCAUAGACUCUGCAUCGUAGCAGGUGAAGAUCGCUUCCUCUGUCUGCCUCCUGGUCUGCAGCGUCCCUGCAUACAUUUUGCUGCUCUUCCUCCCCGCAGCAGCAACUUCACUCCUUUUGCUGUUGCUGCUGCUCCUCUGGAGUUUACUCUUGUUUGGUCUCCUGGGGCCUUUUUACAUCUAAAAGGAGAGGAGAAUAAAAAGGGAGAAAUUCGCUAUCAGCUCGAACUCAUCAUCAAAUCACCGGCGUGGCUGUGCAUACACCCCACACUCGGAUCCGUACUAUCAGGAGUAGAGGGCCCCGUUCCGCACAUCUUUUGCUUUGGGAUGCCGGAGGCCCAGGUCGUUCGUUUCUUCCCUUGGGGGGCCCUCGCAAUAAAUGGAGAAGUGGUCUGCGCCGCCCCUGCUAAAGCAGCAGGUAAACUGAGCAGCACAGCAAGCAACAGCAGAAACAACAGCAGCAGCAGCAACGGCAGCGGCAGUUGUGUUGUGUGGGUUUGGGAGCAGCAGUCAAAGCAGGAUGCGUCUGCUGCAGCUCAAGAAGAACCCAAGCCGGCCCUCGCAGCGACUUUCCUUCGUCUUUUCAACAAGUCCUUUGAACCCCCUCUGCGCAUUUGCUUCCUUAAUGCUGACAAAGAGGCACGCACAAGGGGGAAGGCUGUGACUCUGAAGCGUCUGGAGGACUUCGAUGUGCACGAUACCCGCAAUGAAGAGAUGACAGGGUUUAACAUCGUGCUGGCCCUCAGGGGUGCUUUGGCGGAGGCACGGGCGGACCAGGCAACAGCCGAUAAAGCUAAACCUGGGAAAACAAUUGUCUUCCCUAUAGACAGCAGCGGAAAGUUUUUAAAAGAAAGUCAAAUCCUUAUCGAUGGAGGGGGCCCCAAAGGAGAAGAACUCUUCUCCAUUGCAGUAUAUGGAGAAUACGAUUGCGCAGCGCAGAAGUACUACACCAUUGAGACGGGGAAGAAGUUGUUUGAUUUCCACCGGCAAAUGUUUAUGAACCGCAGUCUGCAGCACUCUGGCGCCUGCAACAUUAUGUGA